GUCAUCAAAUGGAUAGAUCACGUGGAAGAACAAGCUCUGUAUGGCCACGUGAUUACCACACUGAAUGUACCAGACGAGUUCGUUUGCCGCAUGCAGUGCUACUUUAACUACACAUGCGUUUCAUACAACUUUGGAAUAAAGGAGACUGUUGCCGACAACAUAUGCGAACUCAACAACUCCACUGACAAAACACAACUUAAGAUGAAAGAAAAGUUUGUGUAUCGAGGAUCUGAGGUUAGGAAAUAUUUAUCAUGAUAGAAAGUCUUGUUUUUAUUAAUGUUUUAGUUUGUAAUAUUGUAACAAGAUAUCUUAAUAGUUUUAUAUUAUGUGCUGAAUUUUUCAAACUGUUAACAGCGCGUGGAGCGAAGCUCCAUACUCUUCAGAAAUUGUAAUAAUAACAGUAAUGAUAAUAACCCAUCAAGCCGUGAAAUUUGGUAAGUCACGUGGCCGUGCUAGUUUCUUUUCAUUUAGUGGGAUCGAAUAUUACGAUAACACAAUUCACUUCUUUGCUAUCACUUAUCUUUUUCUCUGAAGAAUGCUUGUGAGUCAGCUCCUUGUUUAAACAAUGGAACUUGUCAGAAUGGACUUACGGAGAAAACAUUCCGCUGCUUAUGUCCCAGUCGUUUUGGAGGAGAGUUAUGCGAGAAUGGUAAGAUAUAUGGGGAAUAACAAAGUAAAUAUAAUAUAUACUUCUUUUCUGAUGUCGAAGAAAAAAACAUCAGCCAUUUUCGGACGGAAUAGCGUAAAGGUCUGCAACUGUUCUUUCGAUUUUUAACUGAGAUGAAAAAGCCACCGGAGACAUUUUCAGUUAUAUCAUUUAAAUUCUGUCAAACGAGUCCCUCUAGGAAAAUUACAUGAACAAUCUAUGACUAGAAAAUCCAGAGACAAAGUUUUCAGAGCCGAGUUGUCUCCACGCUUGCAGAAAACUUUCCCCUUGAACUAGGUCACCUUGAGUCAGAAAUUACAUGACAAUCUAUGACUAGAAAAUCCUGUGUGGCAAAUUUUGCUCACGUGGACAUCUCAUGCGGUGACUCAUGCGAUCAUACUAUUCCAGCAUCACGCCAGCCACAUGUAACGUGGAAAAACUUACUCGAGUGACCAGAUUUACUUCAGAACAAAGCAAGUAUAUGGGGAUCCAAUCUCUUCUGUUGAAUCUCUUGUAUGAUUAAUUAUAAUAGCUUACCAACCCAAAAUAAUGAUAUUUGAAAAUGAACUUAACAAGAGGGUAGCCUUCGAAUGCCAAGACUUUGUGAAAUAUCGAAGAAUUCUAAUCGACAACCAUCUGUCUUGGAAACACUAUAUUGAUCAGGAAGCAAUAAAAAUUAGCCAAACUGUUGGACUUAUCCCUAAAUUACGAUAUUUUGUGCCAAGGCACGCUCUCUUAAACAUUUUUUUGUUUUACAUUACACCAUAUCUAACUUAAGGUCUGAUAGCUUAGGGCCAAGCAUGAAGAUCAUACCUUGCCAGCUUCUCAAGCUCCAAAAACGCGCUCUCCGUUUUAUUUAUUUUUCUGAUCACAACCAGCAUGCAAUUCCUCUAUUUACUGAUAUCGGAGUUUUACUGUUACAGUUCUCCUACUAUGAACUUACAGCUAAUUUGAUGUUUGACAUCAAGCAUAGAAAUGCACCUUGCAGCAUUCAAGAACUCUUCCAAGAUAUUUCUGAGAUCCUCUCUCAUAAUACCUGAUCUUCUGCUUCUAACAACAAAGUUCCAAACUAUCAGUUCGACUAUAUUCUUUCUCCUGAAUUGAAACCAAAGUUUGAAAUGAGAUGCCCGUAAUGUUGAGAAAUCUUUCAAAAAAUUAAUUUAAAAAAAAAAAAAAAAAACUUUGUGAUUCUCACUUUAGAAGACUCUCAUAUUGACUCUCAACAAAUCAUUCGAAAGGUCAAGCUUUUCUAAAAUGUUUUAACCAAUUCUGGCGUUUUUCUUAGCUGCCAACAUGUUUAUAUCCUUAGUUAGUCCUUAGGAAAAUUUUAAUUUUAAUCCCUAUACGAUAUUGUAAGUUUAUUUAUUCUGUAACAGUAAACUUGUUCUAUUGACAAAAUUAACAGAUUAUUAGUAAUUCGUGAACGCUUACGUUAUAGUUUUACGUCUAACAUUCGACCCACCCAGAAUAGCACUCAAGCUAACGUAAACUGUGGACGCAUGAAAACCUGUAAAUACAAAUUCAAUAAAAUGUAUGUAUGUAUUUAUGUAAGAAACUAUUAACCUUUCAAUCAAGAACGAUGUGGUGAGACCUUUGUUGUUUGUUUUUGUUCUUAAAAGGACCAUGCGUUCUGUUUAACUUCGAAAAUGGUUUAUCAGGUUGGAAUCUUACCGGUACGGCCUUCAAUAAUCAGCCUACAUACGGGGAUAAUCCCACAGCGAGAAACAGGGGCCAGCCGUCCAGACACAGAGGGGACUGGUGGAUAGGUACCUAUGAGAAUCGUCCCAGUCCCGCUCAUCCUGCCGGUGGGCGUCAAGGCGAUGGUCUCCAAGGUACACUGACGUCACCCAGUUUCGUUAUCACCAAGAAUGCUAUCAAGUUUUUGAUUGGAGGAAGUUGCAAUGAAAACCAAGUGAGGGCCGAGCUUUUGGUAGAAGGAACUGUGGUCCUCCAAGCGACUGGGAGAUGUUCAGAAAUGAUGUACGAAGAAACCUGGAACGUGACAAGUUACAAAAAUAAAGAGGCACAGUUACGUUUGGUUGAUGGCUAUUCUGGAGGAUGGGGACACAUCAACUUUGAUCAGUUGGAGGAGAUUUGUGACUAGGGGGGAUGGUGUGAUUUUCUUCUUGGCUACGAGGGGGAGGGGAGGGUCCUAUAGAAUAGAGGUUUUGGUAUUUGGAGGUAUUUUACGUUUUUUCUUUUUGAAAAGUUUCCAUUGUUUCCCGGCCCUCUCUCCCCCAGUAUACGUUCUUGUAAUAUUUGAUUGAUUUCGUCCGUAACAAAUGACUAAGAAAAACUAUCAGGUAUACCCAUUUCACACUGUCCAAAAAUGGAAUAUUUGCAGAGAGUUUUUAUUCUUUAAAUAAUUUUGUGCUCCUUUUAAAGUAAAGCGUCCAUGUUGUUAUGCGAAAACCCUCGUGGUAUGGCUUUACUGAUCACGAGUGUCACGCAAAUUCAAUUUGGGAUUCUAACAGGCGUAUCAGUUUACCAACAGAAAAUGAUAUGUUAAAAUCCAAGGGAGUCUAAGCUGAUACUCUCCAGGCGAGAAGACAUUAAAUUUAAAUGAUGGCGUCGUCUAUGUGCUUAAGGCUAAGUACAAGAGUUGAUUAAAAUGUGAGUUGAACGCGACAUACUCCACAACUGGAAUUUCAUGCAACUCUGAUUUGAAGAUCCAUUAUCUCGCUUUUUGCUGAGAUCAAUAAUCGUAAUUACCCGGCCGGUUAUAUUUACCACAAGCAGGUCGUUCAUACAUCACUAACGGUUUUAUUGCAAACCAAACAAUCAACCAACUCUUAGUUGAUUUGUUAGCUCAGUUGGUAGAGUACUGCAACGGUAUCGCAGAGGUCAUGGGUUCAACACCGGUGCGAACCUACAAUUUUUUCAGGCCUUACAUUUUCACUACUGCUUAAGUAGUUUUCAUAACAUAUGAUGAUCACUCUCAUCUUAAAUUUUGCAUAAAUUUAAGGUUGAAUUUUCAAAGAACGCAUUUUAUCACAACAAACAACAUAAAAUAUUCAAAGUGCAUGUUAAUGAGAAGAAAUUGUUCAUGUCGGUAAAAAAUUUUAAAAUUAAGUUAUCACAUCUGGAACUAAGCUUCAUUAAAUGUAACUUACCCUGGCAUGUGACUGCAACUUUCAUGCAAAGCAAAAGGUGAAUUGAAAAGGGAGUGGAGACGAAAAUACGCUGCUAUACGAAUAUCAAAAGUUUUGGCUGUUGUCUAAACACCGUGGGAGUAACAUCUGCCAUAUUUUGAACAAAUUCCUUCUAUUUUACGUGGCUAAGAGAAUCCCCAAAUCAAACGAACAAUUUCUUCAAUAUAGACUGGCGUUAAAUGACAUUGAAAUGACGUGUAGACCUGCACAAAUUUCACUUAAUGCGAAGAGCCUCCUUGUAUUAAGAGCAAGUUCGAUUCAUGUUUUCUAUUAGAGAGUCCAAUUUGUUCUGUAAUCAAACAAAUUGUUUAAAGCAUUAUUGAAAACCGCGAAGCCGGAGUCUAAUUUGUUAAUCAGCUGUAUGAUUACAGACUGAAUUAGACUUUUCUCGAUGCUACUUUCGACAUCGAUCAUAAGCAAAAUGCUUACAUGGUCUUAUAAGUGCUUAGAACGAGCAAAUGACGACCAAUCAUAUUUGUUAUUAACUUCAUUACUGUCGUUGUCUUUUGUAAAGCUAAAAACAUCUGGUGAGCUGUACUUAAUCAUCCAGUUACAAACAAUUUCGUUCUUAUUCUUGUGAUGUCAUGAUAUUUUCAAUCACCUUGCUAUGUCAACCUUCAAUGUUUAACGUUGACCAACUUAAAGCGUCCUCCUUGCGUAAAAUGCGUCCCAGAAUCUCUUACUGGAUUGUUUUACUAAGAAAUCUAAAUAUGAUGUUGGUAUUUUGCUCAUCUUCGAAUCGUAAGUAGUCUUUAUCUUUUUAGCUUUCUUUAUAUUCAGUCUACAAUUUAAUUAAGAAGUAUUCUUGUCGAUUUGUAUAAAAUUUUAUGCUACGAUUACAGAAAUGAGUAAUUUUAAAUUUGUCACCACUCAGAAAAAAGCAAGACUAUUCAUUCCAAAUCAAAACGAUGGUUUACUGGUUAAGAAAAGAACAGAAUCUAAUCCGAAUCUAGUCCGAUUUACAUUCUUUCUUUAUAUAAAUCAAGAAUUUCACCUGUCCGAAAAAGUUAAAGUUUGAUCCCGAAACUAGAUUUUAUUCUGCUAGGAUUCAUUUUCGUCUAAGUGAGUAGAGUCAGCGUUGGAAAGUAGCUCUCUCUAAAUUUAGAGAUUUGAGCUGCAAAUUAUAGAAGUUGCGAUCUGAUUUGGUAGAAAUCGUUUCUGAAAGCAUGAAGAUUCUAGUUGAUUUUGAAUUAACUAUCGACAACUUUUCUCUUCACAUGAAGAAAAUUUCGACAAAAAAAGCUAAAAGACAAAUUUAGGACCUUCUUCAAGGCAAUCCGUAUGUUUGCCCCGAAUGAUAAAGGAAUUGAUUUAGAAUAAAAAAAACAAUUGUCAAUAUUUCUAAAGGGGUGAUCAUUACUUUUAUGCAGAGAAAUCCCAAAUAUUUCGUGAUUUUUCCUUCUGUCUUUAUCCUUACCAAGAUGAUUGUAGAGUCAUCAAAUGGAUUGAUCACGUGGACGGACAAGCCUUGGACGGUCACAUAAUAACCACGCUGAAUGUACCAGACGAGUUCAUUUGCCGCAUGCAAUGUUACUUGAACGACGCAUGCGUCUCAUGCAACUUUGGAACGAAUGACUCUGUUCCCGAAAACAUAUGCGAACUGAACAACUCUACAGACAAAACACACCUUAAGAUGAAAGAGAAUUUUGUCUAUCGAGGAUCUGAGGUUAGAAAACAUUCCAAAAUUUUAGAAAGCCUCUGUGGAUAUAUGUUUUACCGAGUUUGUGAUAUUGUAUCAACAUGCCCUCAUAGUUUCACAAUUGUGUGGAAUUUGCAUUUAGUUUGAAGCUUUUUCAUCCAGUGGGAGGAUUAUGAUAAAACUUUUUGUCUCUUUAGGGAUAGUCAUUAUUUAUCGCCAUUUGGGGAGGGGGGGUUUGAGGAUUUGGGGGAAACAUGGUUUUCAGGGGGGACUGGAGGGGGGAUCAGUCGUCGCAAACCAAGUACAAAGCGGGGACUGUAGAAUAAUUGAUUGGUCGAAGAACGAUGACUUUUUAGGACGUUUGAGUGCACGAUACAUAAAGUGUAAUUUUGUUUAGGGCACCCCCCUCCUCCCCCCCAGGCGAUAAAUAAUGACGGCUGCUGAAUAGUUGUCAACUUUUUCCUUCAGUGGAAUGGAAUAAUACAGUAAAACUUUACAAUGUCUUCACCAUCACUUAUCUUUUUCUCUGAAGAAUGCCUGUGAUUCAGCUCCUUGUUUAAACAAUGGAACUUGUCAAAAUGGAUUUACGGAGAAAACAUUCCGCUGCUUAUGCCCGGGUGGUUUUGGAGGAAAACUUUGCGAGAAUGGUAAGAUAAACGGAAAUAAAUAAAGUAACUAUUUGAUAGACGGUUAUUGUCUGGUCGCAAAUGAAAAAAAACCCGCUAGUUUCGGAGGGAAUGGGAUUAAGGUCUGUAACUGUUCUUUUCUGGAAAAGUGCAAAAGCGAAAACAUUUUUAAAUGGGGUGGUCCGAUGAUCUUUGGUUGGAUGACACGGAUUAUUGAGAGGUAACGUGAUCAAUAAUGAGCUAAUAACAAUCGCACUAAGUUCAGGGGAAACAGCCCGAAUAAUAAGGCAGGCGUUUUAGGGAAGCUAUGAACAGUAAUCACAAAUGAAAAACAGUAGCACAGAGUUUUCCGGGCAUAGUUGUUAAGUUUUUAUACAAUUUUGCUAGCUCUUGAGCAGGGCUUUCUCAAGUCAGAAAUCUUAAGAGAAUCUAUCGGUAAAAAAUCCUGUGUGGCGAAUUCAUCUCACGUGGACAUCUCAAGCAGUGUCCUUUUUCCUCGAUCAUACUAUUCCAGCAUUACGCCAGCCUCAUGAAACGUUCGAAAACUUCCUUCAAGAGGCCAGAUUUUAGUCUAAUGUUAACUUGACACGAAUUUAUUUCAUAAAAAAACUAGUAUGCAGGGAUCCAAUCUCUUUUUGUCUAUUCUGUUGAACCUCCCUUGUGAUAAAUUUUUAAUUAACUCAGGGACUGAUCGUUUUUUAUAACAGGGAGGGGGGUUGGAGUGUUUUGGUUGAGUCACAAUAACAUUUACCUGAUCUUCGCUCAUAUGGCAGUUAAUUGACAGCCAAUUUCCUAUAGACCCCUUUAAACUUUGGUGGCGACAACUAAUCCUCUGAAACCCCCCUGUGUUCACCUCAAACUCCUCCAAAUGCCCUGCCUCGGCGAUAAAUAAUUAGUCCCGUGUUAACCUUUUAAGACCCAUGUGGAUUAUUUUUGUUAUUCUUACAAGGACCGUGCGUUCUGUUUGACUUCGAAAAUGGUUUGUUAGGCUGGAAUAUUACUGGUACGGCCUUCAAUAAUCAGCCUACAUACGGGGACAACCCGCAUGCCAGACGUAGUAUGUGGUAUUCUCUACACAGAGGGAACUGGUGGAUAGGCACUUACGAGAGUCGUCCCAGUCCCUCUCAUCCUGCCGGUGGACGUCAAGGCGAUGGUCCCCAAGGUACACUGACGUCACCCAGUUUCGUCAUCACCAGAAAUGCUUUCAAAUUUUUGAUUGGAGGAAGUUGUCAUGAAAACCAAAUAAGGGCCGAGCUUUUGGUAGAAGGAACUGUGGUCCUCCAAGCCACUGGGAGAUGUUUAGAGAUGAUGUACGAAGAAACCUGGAACGUGACAAGUUACAAAAAUAAAGAGGCACAGCUACGUUUGGUUGAUGGCUAUUCUGGAGGAUGGGGACACAUCAAUUUCGAUCAGUUUGAGGAGAUUUGUGACUAAGGGGGAAGGUGCGAUUUUCCACUAAGGCAGGAGGGGGAGGGGAGGCUCCUUUACAAUAUUGUCUUCAAGGGUAUUUGAAGGCACACCACGUCGUUAACUUGUUGUUAGUUGUCACUGUUUCCUGUCAAAUAGGAGGAAAGAUACAUCCUAAAGCCCUUUCUCUCUAAUAUACAUUCCUGCAGAUGGAUGCGAUUUUUGCGGUUUAAUUUUGUUUGUUUGUAUGUUCUUUUGAUAAUGGCUGGCCGGCGAAAAAAUUGAAAAUUUUAGUUGUAAACAACAGAUCUUUGGAUAAGGGAAAUCCAGGGAACUCUCAGUCCAUAAUCACACGUCGCUUGUUUCUCUGAGAGUUGAUAUACUUGGUGAAAAGAGAGGCCCCCCAAGAGGUUUUGCCGCAAAAAAACCGGCAUAAUCCUCCCUUCUGUGUUACGACAUUAAUAAUUAAAAGCAAGUCAAUGGAUCUGAAUGGUUUGCCUGUUUCAAUCAAUUUUUAUAUAACAAGCCCUGUUUCUAAUUGCACACGCUUCGAACGUACGUAAACAUGGGUGUAAGUCACUUGAGGAAGUUUUUGUCUGUAGUGGUUGCCGUGUUUUUAAGUGCUUGCGCAUUUUCAAACGGUAAGCAAGAUAAUUAUGUUUAUUUUCUCAUUUGCUGUUCUCUGCUCAAAGUGACAAUGUCAUAGAACUGAAGAAAUCUUCCCGCGUUGUUGAAAUGAAGUUUCGUUUUAUCUUGUACUGCUAAUUCCACCUACUUAAAGAUAUGAAGAAUUAAUUUGCUUAAUAGAUUUCAUCGAAUUCAAACUCUUUCACUUUUUUUCUUCUUCUAUCUUUUAAAACCCCUCAUUGCGCUUGUACAGAACAAGUAAUGCCGGCGAAACAUAAACGAGAUUAACUAACCAUGAUCGAAACGUAGAUUAGCAGAUAUCUCCGAAUAAAAUAAAAAUUUAUUAAAAUUUAACGGACUACUUGUUAGGACCGUCGAUUAUCUUCAAAGGAAAACAACUUCCUCAGGCAAACAUUAAAUUAUUGAAAAACUUUUGUGAAAUAGAAUGUGCGAUACAAUUAAUAAUUUAUGAUCCUCGUUUGAAAACAAAACCGGUAAGUCUUGAUAGGAUGUGUGGCAUCACCAAUGAUGCGCUGAAAGUUUUAAUAAGUCAGAUGUUAAGAAUUAGCAGCAGUGAAUGAAAUGAACGUUAUGUAUAAUCAUUUCGGGGAAAAGAAAAGUAUUAAAUUGGUAACGAUUCGUCUAAUGUAAUUAGCGUGAUCUGUGGGAAUUCAAUAAAAAAUAAAACAAUUGAAAGUUUAAAUGAGGUAAGGUGCGAAUUUAUAAUUCGGUCUGUUUUGUCACUAUAGUGCUUUCAUUACAGUACAGCAGUAAGGUACAAAUUUGAAAGUACCUUCUCCAGUUGCAUAGGUUGAUAAAUUCGACUCAUAGUUCCAAAAUUUGUUGUUCAAUCACCUGUGAAGAGGCGAGUCCAAACAACUAGUGUUUUCUUACUUAGUGAGAGGCACAAAAAAGCAAACAAAGUCUAAAACAUUCGCGACAUCGAAUUUCCCUACUAAGAGGUGCGCGCAGUUAAAAGAAAUUUUGUCAAUGUUAGCUGUGUAAACAUUUCCGUUUUUGAUUAAAAAACGUGAAAUUGAAAGUGAAAGCAAAACUGGCAAGGAUAAACUGUUUGAAGAACGUUCAAUUUAGGUUUUUAGUGAACAGACAUAAGAUUAGAACACUGAGACGAUUGAUAAAGAUCUAAGAGUUGUGAAGCAGAACUAUGAUAAAGUUUUGCAGUCAGUUUCGAUAAUUGUUAUGCUUUGUUCAACUUAUCACCGAGAGUGCGGAUUAUUGAUACCUUGCAGAAGCUCAUUAAUGAGGGUUUUAAUGGGGUGACGGCUUUUACUGCUAACGAUUAAAAAUUUUGGCCAUUUUCCGGCUAAGGUUAACCCAAAAUGACACAAAACGACACAUCACGGUAGAAACGAAACCUUUUUACGGUUAACUUUUCUAACGAUGAACGGUUAAACGAUGAACGGUUAAACGAUGAACGGUUAAAAUUUGUUAAUUUGCACGCCUGAAGGCUAAAUUUUUUGGCCAUUUUACGGCUAACGGUUAACCCCAUUGAAAUACUUAUUGAUGGGCUCCUGUAUUUAGUAACGCUUCAGAUAAGAGAUUGCUACAAACUGCUAUACCAACAAGAGCCCCGGAGUCACAUAAAAACAAUCAAAAUAUCUUCUACAUUUUCCCUUUUUGCACAAAAGAUGACUGCAGAGUUAUCGAUUUCGAUGAGCUUAUAGAGAGACAGUCCUUAACUGGCCAUGUGAUCACUACGGUGAGUGCACCAGACCGAAGUUAUUGCCAAAUACGGUGUUACCUUGACAACGACUGCGUCUCCUUCAACUUUGGACUGGGUGUAACUGGUGCCAACAACGUGUGUGAACUUAACGACUCUACUGAUAAGAGAUACUUGAAGACGAGAGAGAAAUUUGUAUAUCAGGGAUCUGAGGUGAAUCAGCAGAAACUAGAUGUAUAAGAAGUUACCAUGAUACGUUUGUCAAUGCAAGGAAACUAAAUGCACCAUGCAGAAAUGCAUGAGUUCAAAAUCUCUGCGUGCGUGCAUGCAUGUAUGUACACUUGCAUGCAUCCUUCAGACCAUCCAUCCACAUGCAUGUUUCAUACAUCCAGUUCUUUAACAUCAGCUGUUAUGCAAUGCAUUCAUGCACUAUUCAAACGUACAUCCAUUCAUCUGUUUGCGCAGAAAAACGAACAAGCGCCAUUUUAAAAUGCAUGAGUGAAUCAUUCGUACCAACUCUGAGUACUUGCAAUCAUCCGUCAUGCAUUCAACCACUCACUGACGCAAUUUUUCUUUUGUGUUACUUCAUCUUCCCUUUCUUGUGACUAAUUCAUCAAUUAAUAGCAUGUCAAAAAUUGCUCAACUAAUAGAUUCAUUAAUACGAAAUAAUUAUGCAUCUAUUUGUUUAUAUAUUCCUUUAUAUAGAAUGCCUGUCAAUCAGCUCCUUGUUUAAACAAUGGGACGUGUCAGAGCGGAUUUACGAACAAAAUGUUUCGCUGUUUAUGUGCGACUGGCAUGGAAGGAGAACUGUGUGAGAAAGGUAAACUGUAAUAGGAAUAUAAGACGAUUUUUAUAGAAGUAUUGUUCUAUCCGAAGCGCAGCUAAUCUUUUGACCCCUAAGUGUGAAUGACUUCUAAUUUCGCCCAAAAAAAUCACACAUUCGGGUCACGAGUAUGAAGAAACGGAUCAUCAGCUAAAGAAGCUCUUGAUUGUUAACCAAAUUCUCCUUGUCAGCACCUUAGGAAAUGUAAAGAGAACAGUAUGGAGAAUAUGCAUACUGAUGUUAGGGUAUAAAAGGGUUAAGUGCUGAUUGGUAACGAGGGAAAAUGUGAGUGUAUGUUAGGUUUGAUGGGAUAGUCGGCUGGUACAGUAUGUUAAUCCCACGACCGUAAUUUCUAGAUCUAGAUGGAAACGGAAUUUUUGAGCGCGGGUGCAGUCUUGCUGCUUAUUUCUGUUUUCUUUGGAUGUCGUUCGACCGACAUUACCACUAUGAUCUUCAUGCUACCCACCAUUAGAUUACUGUCAGCUCAGAAUAUGAAAUUGGGUUGCGGACCUCUCGGACAACACUUAGCUCAUAUUUUUAAAAACUCUCAACACUAAUAAUAAAGUGCAAUUAUUAGCCAAGAUAUUUCGUGUAUAGGCUCCUUUUCGAAAAAGAAGCUUCCAAUUGGCGCAGAACUACAGUACUCAGUACUACGCUCAAAGAAGUUGAAAUGUAGCUAUAAUCGUGUUAAGUGAGCGUGAGGGGGGGGGGGAAAGAGAGCAUGGAGGAAUUUUUGGGGAAAUUACAUGAUUUUUAGGAGGACCAACAGAGGGGACAUCAGUCGUCGCCAACAUAGUAUAAGGGGGGAGGGGACUGUAGAAGACUGACUACCUAUGAGUAGGAAUGAUAAGAUUUAAUACUAUCUCUAUUAUUGCUUGUAGCGUUUGGUUUUAUUAUUUACAAAUGUUUUGUUUCUACUUGUUACUAUUAGGAUGCACUCUGUUCGAUUUUGAGCAUGGUUUAUCUGGCUGGACCUUGAGUGGUACGGCCUUCAACAACCAGCCAACAUACGGGGAUAAUCCCACAGCGAGAAACAGGGGUCAGCCGUCCAGACACGAGGGAGACUGGUGGAUAGGAACCUACGAAAAUCGUCCCAGGCCCUCUGAUCCUGGCGGUAGAAUUCAAGGUGAUGGCAAAAUAGGUACACUGACAUCACCAAUUUUUGUCAUCACUGGAGACACUUUUAAGUUUCUGAUUGGUGGAGGUUGCGAUGAAUCUAAGGUUCGAGCUGAGCUGUUGGUGGAAGGAUAUGUAGUGCUCCAAGAGACUGGGAGGUGUCAUGAAAGUAUGGCUCAAAGAAGCUGGGAUGUAACUGGUUACAAAAAUAGAGAGGCACAACUGCGUUUGAUUGACAAUCAGACUGAUGGCUGGGGACACAUCAACUUUGAUCACUUUGAAGAAAUUUGUGACUGA